GCCAACAAGUAGGUAUAGUUACACUCUGAAUCGCAACCGAGAUUUCGCUUGUUUGGUGUUUGCAAACUGCGGAGCCUCGAGGAUGUCCUGUGCCUCACUGCCGUGGACACGAGGCUUGGCCAUCGACUUGGCGGCUGUUAGCUAACCUUCGACUAAGCAGAUCAUCUAUCACCCCCAUGCAUAGCCGAGGGAUUGGGACGAGGCUGUCUGGUGAGUUGUUCGAGCUAUAAGAACCCGUUGAUUCCUGUUGUCGAAGGCUUUCAAUAUGCUCUCUCCAGCACCAUCUUACUCUCUUUUUUUCGCGCGUCUGCGGCCGGCUGCCCUUCCUUUCGCUCUAAGAGAAUAUUCUGUUCCAUUCGUUUUGACCUGGCGACUUGACGUCCGCUACCAAUCCUUUUUCUCUCUCGCAAACCGCGCCUCGAACGACUCGCAUCGACGAUCCCGGAUCCUCCUCGGCUCCCAACUUCCAACAUGAAGACUUCUGCUGCUCUCGCCGCCAUCCUCGGCCUCGUCUCGAGCGCCAGCGCUCACUACACCUUCGACAAGCUCCAGCUCAACGACAAGCAGGUUGGCGGGGACAACACCUUCAUCCGGAAGCACAGCAAUGGCUACAUGCCCAUCAAGUUCAACAAGAUCCCCCAGGGCUCCAUCAGCCCGCUUGAUGCCGACUUUUCCUGCAACAAGGGCGCGACCGGUGCGCCCCAGGUCAUUACCGUCAAGGCCGGCGACAAGAUCGGCCUCCGCCAGGCCUUCGGCGCCAAUGGCAUUCAGCACCCGGGCCCCUCGCAGAUCUACAUCGCGCCGGUCAGCAACGCGAAGACGGACAAGGGCAGCGACUGGUACAAGAUCCACCAGUCCCUGAUCUGCAAGCAGGGCUCGCCCGAGAGCCUCCGCACCGACGCCUGGUGCAGCUGGAACGAGAACAACGUCUGGGGCAUCAUCCCGGCCACCAUCCCCAACGGCCAGUACCUUCUGCGGGCGGAGCACAUCGGCCUCCACGGCGCCCACGACGGCCAGGCCGAGUUCUACGUCUCGUGCGCCCAGAUCGAGGUCACGGGCAACACGGCCACCAGCAUGCCCGGAAAGGCCGUCAAGUUCCCCGGCGCCUACCAGCCCCGCGACGCCCCGCUCAACUUCAGCGUCUGGGGGCGUAGCACUGCGUACCCGGUCGCCCCCGGCCCGGACGUCAUCCCCGGCGGCACCAUCCGCGGCUCCGCGAACGGCGCUGGCGGCGACAAGCUCCAGACCGUCGGCGGUGGUUCCGGCUCCCAGAGCACCGGUGGCGGCAACGCCCCUGCUGCCUCGUCCCCUGCUCCCUCGUCCCCUGCUUGCAACCGCGCGUUCCCCCGUCGUGCUGCCGCCGACCUGGCUGCCCGAAUGGACGCCGAACAAUCCGAGCAGUAAAAAGGAGAUGUGGUGUUCUUUUCACUCGUGUGUCGGUCCCGUCAUACGCCUGGCUUCACCAAUGACGACUCUGCUGGGGUCAGGAAGGGGAUGAGGUUUGCAUUUUCAUAUGAAAAAGGGUCUAGCAAACAGCGAGAGUCAUUGUCUAUGUUAGGUUUUUCUCAGUCCUGCUAGCAGGAUUUCACUGUAUAUACGGUGUUUGGUCGCAAACAGUUCGCUUCUCAGUUGUGUAAAUUAGUUGACUCACGUAUAUACUACCACACUUUUCGCGCGCUGUUUGGCGGUGUCCAAAACUUGAAUUCGGACCGAGCAUCAUUCUAUGAGAUCGAGACGUGGAAGACCAAACAGUCAGAAAAACUCAAGGUCUGAUGAUGAAGGCUGAUUGAUUGAAUGGUCAAAACGCGAUUGAAUUCAUGCAUCCCU